CGAAGCUCCCAAUCACAAUUUCUUAGUUUCUAAUGCUUCUUCAACUUCAGAGAGACCGCCUUCUCUCAACUGCAACCGCCAUUAAACCCUUGCAAAACCCUCUGAACCAGAACAGCUUCGAGCAAAACUACCGCCAAAUUUGCAACCUUCUUCUUUCCUUCACCCAUUCCCGAUCACUCGCUAGAGGCCUCCAGCUCCAUGCACACAUCGUCAAAUUUGGAUUACAAACCAUUCCUCUCGUUUCCCACCAUCUCAUCAACUUAUACUCCAAAACCCAAUUGCCGCUUUUUUCUCUGCAGGUUUUUACUGAAGCCCCGACAAAGUCUUCCACCACUUGGAGCUCUGUUAUCUCCGCAUUUGCCCAAAAUGAGGCUCCAUUGCUUGCCCUUGAAUUCUUUCGACGAAUGGUGAAUGUUGGGAUUCGCCCAGAUGAUCAUAUUUAUCCUAGCGCCACUAAGGCUUGUGGGUUUUUAUGUAGGAGUGAUCUUGGGAAAUCUGUACAUUGUCUUGUUGUCAAGACGGGAUAUGAUUGUGAUGUGUUCGUCGGAAGUUCGCUGGUGGAUAUGUAUGCAAAAUGUGGGGAGAUUGGGGAUGCCCGCCAUGUGUUCGACGAAAUGCCUGAGAGGAAUGUGGUGUCUUGGAGUGGAAUGAUUUGUGGGUAUGCUCAACUGGAUGAGAGUAGCGAGGCAUUGACAUUGUUCAAGCAAGCUUUGGUUGAGGAUGUUGAUGUAAACGACUUCACAUUCUCCAGUGUGAUUCGGGUUUGUAGCUGCUCCACACUUCUUGAAUUGGGGAAGCAGAUCCAUGGACUGUGCUUGAAGAUGAGCUUUGAUUCCUCGAGCUUUGUUGGGAGUUCUUUGAUUUCUUUGUAUUCCAAGUGUGGGAUUAUAGAAGGGGCUUAUCAAGUUUUUGAUGAGAUACCCAUCAGAAACCUUGGCAUGUGGAAUUCACUACUGAUAGCCUGCGCUCAACAUGCUCAUACAGAGAGAGUGUUUGGUUUAUUUGAAGAAAUGGGAAGUUUGGGGAUGAAACCAAAUUUCAUUUCCUUUUUAUCUGUUCUUUAUGCUUGUAGCCACGCAGGUUUGGUUGAAAAGGGGCGAGAAUAUUUCAAUCUAAUGAGAGAUUAUGGGAUUGAACCAGAAGCUCAGCACUAUGCCUCUUUGGUGGACUUGCUUGGACGAGCUGGAAAGUUACAGGAAGCAGUUUCUGUGAUCAAACAAAUGCCAAUGCAGCCCACUGAAUCUGUUUGGGGAGCUUUGUUGACAGGAUGCAGAAUCCAUAAAGAUACAGAAAUGGCAGCUUUUGUGGCUGAAAGAGUAUUAGAAUUGAAUAGUACUAGCUCAGGUUUACAUGUUUUGUUAUCAAAUGCAUAUGCUGCUGCUGGAAGAUAUGAAGAAGCGGCUCGGAUGAGGAAACUGUUGCGCGAUCGAGGAGUGAAGAAGGAGACGGGUUUGAGCUGGGUUGAGGAGGGAAAUAAAGUUCAUACAUUCACUGCAGGUGAUAGAUCUCAUGCUAGAUGGGUAGAGAUUUAUCAGAAACUGGAAGAGUUGGAGGAGGAAAUGGCGGAAGCUGGCUAUGUUGCUGACACGAGUUUUGUGCUACGAGCAGUCGACGGUGAGGAGAAAAGCGAAACGAUUCGGUUUCAUAGCGAAAGACUGGCCAUUGUGUUCGGGCUGAUUACCUUCCCACCAGGAAGACCUAUAAGAGUUAUGAAGAAUUUGCGUGUUUGUGGUGAUUGUCAUGCAGCUAUAAAGUUCAUGUCCAAAUGCACUGGAAGGGUUCUCAUUGUUAGAGACAACAACAGAUUUCAUCGGUUUGAGGAUGGAAAAUGCUCAUGUGGCGACUACUGGUGAUUGAUAUGUAAUUUAAGGAACAGAUCUCAAUCUACUACGUGAGCAAGUCACUCCUUAAUGCUUCGAAAGGUCAACAGAUUCUAAGGUAAGGAUUGAACCAUCAGACUUUUGAUAUAAAAAUUAAUGUCUUUAUCCAUCGAGCUAGAUCUAGACUAGAUACUUAUCAUUAUAGUUUAUGGUAUAGGAAGAAGUUUGAUUUGAUAUCUCUUACAAAUUGAAAAGUUCUAUUAUCCUCGGA